UGUCAUCACACACUCACAUCCACACUCACACGCAAGUCCCACUCACACUAGGGUGGCGAGAAUAAGUCAAAGAUCGUCACCAUGAUCAUCAUCGUGGACUUGGUGCUGAUGCUCAUCGACCUGACCUACGCUAUCCUGGCCGCGGUGGUGCAGACUUUCCUCCGGCCGAGGCUGAAGAGCAUCGACGGGGAAGUGUGCCUCAUCACCGGGGCAGGAGGUGCCCUUGGCCGCCUGUUCGCGGUGGAGUUCGCCAAAGAGGGCGCGCAGCUGGUGCUGUGGGACUGCAACACGGCCGCCAACGAGCGCACCGCCCAACUGGCCGGGGAGCACGGAGUCCGGGUGCACGCCUACACCGUGGACCUGUCGUGCCGGGAGAGCAUCUACCACACUGCGGAGCGAGUCAGGGCGGAAGUGGGCGACGUGUCCAUGCUGGUGAACAACGCGGGGGUGGUGGCCGGAAGGAGGCUGCUGGACUGCCCCGACGAGCUUCUGGAGCGCACACUGCUCGUCAAUUGUCACGCUUUGUUUUGGAUGACAAAGGCCUUCCUACCUCAGAUGAAAGCAAAGAACCAUGGUCACAUCACAACUGUAGCCAGCGCUCUUGGCCUCUUCAGCACUGCAUGUGUGGAGGAUUACUGUGCCAGUAAAUUUGGUGCGGUUGGUUUCCACGAGUCCUUGACGCACGAGUUGCUUGCAGAGGAGCUGGACGGAAUUAAAACCACUCUGGUCUGCCCGUAUAUUGUGGACACAGGGAUGUUUGCAGGCUGUGAGAUAAGGAAGGAGCUUCGCAGUCUAAUUCCACCGUUGGAGCCUUUGUACACAGUUCAGCAGUCAAUGACAGCUAUCUUGGCAGAACAGCAAAUGAUCUGCAUCCCUCGCCUUAUGUACAUCCCAUUUAUUACUAGAGCUUUGCUGCCAUGGGAUGCGAAUGUUGCCACGUAUCGCUUUAUGGGCGGAGACAAAUGUAUGCUGCCCUUCAUCAAGAACACUGAACAAAGACAAUCUAAUGGCUAUAUCAAAUCCUUCUGAGUCCUUCCUGUCUGAAACCAAGAGUUACACAAAAGGGUGUGUAUUUCUUUGCGGACACGGAAUGUGCGAUUACAGUAGUAGUAAUAUUUUUACACCAGUACUGGCGGCUAAGUGUAGUUACAUGGGAUGUCAACUCAGGUCUCAAUAAUGUAAUAAAAUAUCAAUUUAAAAAAAAGUCAGCAGGUGGUCUCAGCUAUCCAAUUACUAACUUUGAGGACUUAAUGUGACAGAAUAUAUCUGGAGAAUUCACAUUGGUGAGUGGGUUGGACUGACCAAGAAAGGGACCAAAUUAUGGAGUGAAGUGAUGUGGAUGCCAUGGGCAAUCUAUACAAGUGCAUGUUUUUAUUUUCAUUCACAGGAAAGACAGCGCUGAAACAGACGAGACAUGAACAAAGCUCCAGAAAACAUGCAAAAGAAAAUUCAACCCAUCAAAAAAUAUAUAUAUAUAUUUGAAAAUCAGAUGUUCAGUGAAUGUUAUUUCCGGUUGAAAAAGUGAUGAAUGUCAGAACUACUCAAACAAUUAGGGAUUUUUUUCUCCAGCUUUUGCCUCAAAAAUCAAGACAUGGUUUAUGUUGUCGUAGCUUUUUGGUCUUUGUAGUCUUUAAAA